AUGGCAACACGUCGUUCAUCCGUAGGCACAAUAUUGUUUACUUACUAUCCUUUAUGGUUAACAUGUAUGACAACAAUAUUGAACAGUUUGACAUUAAUAAUUCUCUAUCAAAAAGUGUUUCGUCAACGACCGACUAUACGUUUUAUGCGUGUUUUAGCAUUGAUUGAUAUAUUUAUACUUUAUGGUUGGAAUUUAGAUCAUUUUUUUCGCUUAAAAUUUGGUUUUGAAAUUGAUCGAUUAACAGUUUUAUCAUGUAAACUAUCAACAUAUGUCAACCAUUUUUUAAAUCAAUCAUCAGCUUGGUUACGUGUUUGGAUGUGUGUUGAUCGUUUUUGUGCAUUACACCAAAUUCGACAAAGUCGAACAAAUAAUCAACAUCGUCGUGUUAUAUUUCUGAUCAUUUUUACAUUUAUUAUAAUAGCACUUAUUAAUUUACAUUUACCUAUAUUUGCAUGUCAUUCUUAUAAUAAUGGAACAAAAGUAGCUGGUGGUUCACUUUAUUUUCCUCUUUAUCCAUCAUGGAGUUAUAUUAAUUUAGCAUUAUAUAAUAUAAUACCAUUUAUUCUAAUGUUAACUUUUAAUAUAUUAAUUAUUCGACAUUUAAUUUUAAUAAAAAAGACAUCAUCAUUACAACGAUCUCGUGUUCGACAUUCAUCAAUAUCAAUGCCAAUACUUUUAUCAGCAUUUCUUUUUUGUAUUAUGACAACACCACCAGCAGUUAUAUUUGCUUUCUUUCAUAAACAACUUCAAUCAGAUGUAUUUCAAACUCUUUUACUUAGUCUUUUAGAUUCAAUUAAAUAUACUUAUCAUUCAUUAUCAUUUUUCUUAUAUUUUAUAACAUUAGUCGAAUUUCGAAAAGAAUUUUUUCAUUUAUUACAUUGUCGAUUUAUAAAUACAAAUAGAUUAUUACAACUUAUAAAUACAGUUACAAGUGGAAGAUCUAAUCAAUAUAAGAUAAACUCGAUUCCAAUUACAACAAUUACAAAAUAA